AUGCCCCACUAUUGUAUCCUUUUCAAAGACCUUUAUCCAAGAGUGUAUCGUGUAAGUGCUCUCUCAUACCAUCACCAAGCUCCACUUGGUUAG